AUGACAAGUAAAGUUGAUACAGGUGGUUGGAAUAAACUUGAAAAUAAAUUAAGUGAUAGUACAUUAAAUACAAUUAAUAGAUUAGGAUUUAAAUCAAUGUCGCCAGUUCAAUCAGCAGUUAUACCAUUAUUUAUGUCAAAUAAAGAUGUAUUAGUUGAAGCAUGUACAGGGUCAGGUAAAACAUUAGCAUUUGUAAUUCCAAUUAUUGAAAAAAUUUUAAAAAGAGAAACCAAUCUAAAGAAAACAGAUAUAGCAUCAAUUAUUAUUUCACCAACUCGUGAAUUAGCAAUUCAAAUCCAACAAGUUUUAUUAGAAUUUUUAAAUGAUUUAAAUAGAAUUGAUGACCAAAAUGAUUUAGAAAAUAUUAAAACUUUAGAAGAUGAAUUAUUAGAAGAACAAGAAGAAGAAGAAAAUGAAAAAGAAGAAGAAGAAAUUGAAAAAAAAAAAAAAAAAAAAAAAAUUGAAAUUUCAAGUUUAUUAUUAAUUGGUGGUACAGAUAUUUAUCAAGAUUUAGUUAAUUAUAAAAAUUAUGGUGGUAAUAUUUUAAUUGGUACACCAGGUAGAACUGAUGAAUUUUUAACAAGAGUUGUAAGGAAUGAUCAACAAUUUAAAUUUAAAGAAUUUGAAAUGUUAAUUUUAGAUGAAGCAGAUAGAUUAUUGGAUAUGGGUUUUCAUUUACCAAUUAAUUCAAUUUUAUUGAAAUUACCAAAACAACGUAGAACUGGAUUAUUUUCAGCAACUCAAACAUCGGAAGUUAAAGAAUUGGCAAGAACUGGUAUGCGUAAUCCAUUCAAAGUUUCAGUAUCAGUUAAACAUAUUGAAACUCAUGAAGAUCAAUCAAUUCCAACCACAUUGGAUAAUAGAUAUAUGAUUGUACCUGUUGAAGAGAGAUUGAAUCAAUUGGUUCACUUUUUAUUAAAUCAUAUUGAUAAGAAUAAAAUUAUAAUUUAUUUCCUAACUUGUUCAACUGUUGAUUAUUUCUUUAAGAUACUUCAAUCGGUUAAAGUAUUGAGUGGGAAACCAUUCUUUUCAUUACAUGGUAAAGCACCACACAGUCAACGUAUUAAAGUUUUCGAUUCAUUCUCUCAAGCUACCAAUGGUUGUUUAUUAUCAACUGAUUUGGCUGCUCGUGGUUUAGAUAUUCCAAAUGUUGAUUGGGUACUUCAAUAUGAUUCUCCACAAGAUCCAAAAGCAUUUGUUCAUCGUAUUGGUAGAACUGCUCGUAUGGGUCGUGAUGGUAAUGCUUUGAUUUUCCUUUCACCAGAAGAAGAUUCCUAUAUUGAAUUUUUAAAAAUUAAAAAAGUACCAUUGGUAGAGAUGGUGAAAGCUGAAAACGUUACAAACGUCCUACCAGAAAUUAAAAAAAUAUCAUUCAACGAUCGUGAAAUUAUGGAAAAGGGUGUAAUUGCAAUGGUAUCGCAUGUACGUGGUUAUAAAGAACAUCUUUGUCCUUAUAUAUUUGUAUUUCAUCGUUUAAAUAUUGGUUUAUUAGCAACAGGUUUUGGUUUACUUUACUUACCAAGAAUGCCUGAAAUUCGUGAUAAAACUUUAAUUGCAGAGUGGACAAGUGGUUAUACAAAAGAUCAAAUCUUAAAAAUCGCCUAUAAAGAAAAGAAAAAAGAAAAACAAAGAUUAGAAAAAGUUAAUAAAAUUAAAUUAAAAAAAGAAAAAGAUGCAAAAGAAAGACAAGAUGCAAUUAAUGAAAAAAAAAGAAAAUUAGAACAACAAGAAGCUGAUAAAUUAUUACAAAAACAACAACCAAAACAAUCUUCAAUUGAAAUUCAAUUAAAAAAACAAGAAGAAAAGAAAAAACAAGAACAAGAAUCAAUUAAUGAAAUUUUACAUGAAACUCAAGCUUUUAAAAAAGCUAGAAAAUCAAAACAACAAAAAAAAGAUAAAUCUUCAAGAUUUUCUGAUUUAAUGGGUAGUGAUACUGAACAAAAUAAUAAUGAAGAUGAAGAAGAUGAAGAAGAGGAAGAUGAAGAUAACUAA